AUGAUGUCUUCUAAUAUCUUGUCCCGCUUCCUACCCCCGACGGACUCCCCCUCUGUGUACGAGGCGAUCCGCGAGCACGAUGCUGGAUCAGAUUCCUCCGAUGUCGAAGAGCGCGCGGGGUUGGUCCAUGGGGAGGACCACCGGGACCACUUCAGUGACCGGGAAGAGGAUGCCUUGGUGGAUGCGGCACAGAAUGAAACCUCCAGCCCCAGUGCAGGCUUGCUAGGUCCGAGGUCGUUGGGGAAGUCAACAGAUCGUCAUGGCUCACCGUCUCAUAAUCGCCGGCGGAAACUUUCCAGACCGCGGUGGAUGACCCAGCCAUCACCGCCGGGGUAUGAGCUCGACGACCGGGAUGAGGAUGUGCCCCUAUCGCUGCUGGUUGAGGGGCAUGACGACGAAGAUUUGAAGUCGCGCCUCCCUCCCCCUCCUCAUAGCAUGCCCAGCCGAUCAAGAACCCCCAGCCCUCACCCCUCACCACAACCAGAACGACCGCGCUGGGAAACGCACCAGACGCAACCAAUAUCGGACACUGCCGGGGCCCACCCCGUGGCUCGGUGGUUCAUCGCCCGGCAACAUCCGAGCUUGAGCAACACUGACCCAGAGAAGAAAGCCAUGUGGCGGUGGGCGAAUGUCGAAGACUUGGACAAUUUCUUGAAGGAUGUGUAUACCUAUUUCCUAGGGAACGGGUUUUGGUCGAUCCUGCUGAGUCGAGCAUUGAAUCUUUUGACGUUCGCUUUUGUGGUGGGAUUCACGACGUUUUUAACCAACUGCGUUGACUACCACAAAGUCCGGGGCAGCAAGUCCCUGGACGAGAUUCUCGUGCCCAAAUGCACGUCCAAGAUGUCUGGCUCAUCCACAUUUUUACUGUGGCUAUUCAGCUUCUUCUGGAUUGGAAAGCUCUUCCAAUACCUGCUGGAUAUUCGUAGGCUCAAGCAUAUGCAUGACUUUUAUUACUACCUACUUGGAGUCUCCGAUGCUGAAGUCCAGACAAUUUCAUGGCAGGAGGUUGUCAGCCGCUUGAUGACACUGCGAGACGCCAAUCCAGCUACCGCAGCCGCAGUCUCUGCCAAGCACCGAAGAUUUCUGGGCAGCCAGUCGAAGCAGCGGAUGGAUGCUCACGAUGUUGCUAAUCGCCUGAUGCGCAAGGAAAACUACAUGAUUGCGCUGGUAAAUAAAGACAUUUUGGACCUGACUCUGCCGAUCCCAUUUCUCCGGAAUCGUCAGUUAUUCUCACGGACGUUGGAAUGGAACCUCAACCUCUGCAUCAUGGACUACGUGUUUAACGAGCAAGGACAACUUCGAACCCUCUUCCUCAAAGAUACCCAUCGAAGAGCGCUGAGCGAUGGCCUACGUCGGCGCUUCAUUUUCGCCGGUAUCAUGAAUAUAUUUGUCGCACCGUUCAUCGUCGUCUACUUCCUCAUGCACUAUUUCUUCCGGUACUUCAAUGAGUUCAAGAAGAACCCAUCCCAAAUAGGAUCGCGCCAAUACACCCCGCUGGCGGAGUGGAAGUUUCGCGAAUUCAAUGAGCUUUGGCAUCUCUUUGAGCGUCGAAUCAACAUGUCCUACCCCUUUGCUAGUCGCUACAUCGAUCAAUUUCCCAAGGACAAAACCGUCCAGGUCGCUCGUUUCGUCGCCUUUAUUUCUGGAGCGCUGGCGUCGGUGCUCGCGCUUGCUUCAGUGAUUGAUCCUGAAUUGUUUCUGGGGUUCGAAAUUACCAAUGACCGUACUGUUUUGUUCUACCUUGGUAUCUUCGGUACCGUGUGGGCUUUUGCUCGAGGGCUGGCACCAGAGGAAACCGACGUCUUUGAUCCGGAGUAUGCCCUUCGUGAGCUGAUAGAUUUCACUCAUUAUUUCCCCUCCACGUGGAAGGGGCGCCUGCACAGUGACGAUGUGCGCAAAGAAUUUGCUAUUCUUUACCAACUCAAGAUCGUGAUCUUCUUGGAGGAGAUACUGAGCAUGAUCUUUACACCUUUUGUCCUGUGGUUCAGCCUGCCGAAGUGCAGCGACCGCUUGAUCGAUUUCUUCCGCGAGUUCACGGUCCAUGUCGAUGGCGUGGGCUACUUAUGUUCCUUUGCAGUGUUUGACUUCAAGAAAGGCACGAAUGUCAUGUCUCAAGGUCGACGUGACACCGGCCGACAGGACCUGCGUGGCGAUUAUUUCUCGACCAAGAAUGGCAAAAUGCUUGCUUCUUACUAUGGCUUCUUGGAUCAUUACGGAACUAACCCUCAGCCCAACAAACGCCGACCCUUCCAUCCACCUCCAACUCUACCUACUCUCGAGUCCGACGAGCUCGGUGGUCUCCCCGAGCGAUUCGAGCGUCAGACCCGGCUAAACCCAGCAAGUGGACCAUGGGGUCCGCAGUCCAUCGUUGCCGCCCCCAGAUUCCGGCCCGCGCCACCAGGCGACCCCCGCUCGCCUGGUCCCUCUAUCCUGCUGGACCCGCACCAUCAACCCUCUAGCUCUGGCUUCCGCUCUGCAGCACAUCACGCACCUUAUCAGCGCUCUCGACUGGCACGCUCACAGCACCCCAUCGCCAGCACCAUCGAUGACGAGGAAGUGUCGCCAGAAGCCUGCGCAUCGCGCCAGCCAGGUGGUGCUUCUAGUGGAGGUGCAGGCACCGGCGAAAGCAGCCUCGGCGAUUCAUGGCGCAUGAAUCCCCUCGGAGAGGAACAGGAGGAUGUUGACGAGGGCAACGAGGGCGAGAAUAUCGAUGCCAUUGCCGGGGGCGUCGGUGUUCUGGGUCUCAUUCAACAGUUCCAGAAGGCUAAUACUGAAGGCCGACGGACUACCGUGGGGAUCUAG